AUGGACCCAUACAAGUUGAUGGACCAGAAAACUCCCUUUGGUGAGCACAAGUUGUUGGGCCAUCAAAGGCAUGUUAACCUGCCGCCAACCCCCUGGAGGGCUGAUCAAGAUCCUCUACAACAACAUGAUUCGUUUUCGAAGCCGUUGGCUUUAUUUCCUAAUGCUAGAAAAGGACAUUUAAAUAUGACCCAAUAUGAGAAUGGACUUUUCUCAAGCUCCCUUCCAGACAUUUUUGACAACAAAUUGAGACUAACACCUAAGAAUGGCCUUGUUGGCCAGCCAGCUGAAAAGGAACUCAACCAUGCAGAUGACGAGCCUUUUGAAUUAACUCAGGAAAUUGAGGCACAAGUAAUUGGCAAUCUCCUCCCUGAUGAUGACGACUUAUUGUCAGGUGUUCUUUAUAAUGUGGGUCACCCUGCCCGUGCUAAUAACAUGGAUGACAUUGAUGACGAUAUAUUCUCUACUGGAGGUGGAAUGGAAUUGGAAGCUGAUGAAAAUAACAAAUUGCUAAAACUUAAUGGAGGUGCCAACACCGGUCAGACUGGGUUCAACGGCCUACUGUAUGGCGAAAACCCCUCGAGAACCCUUUCCAUUAGAAACAUUAAUACCAAUGUUGAGGAUACUGAAUUGAAACUCCUAUUUGAGCAAUAUGGAGACAUCCGAACACUUUACACUGCCUACAAACAUCAUGGUUUAGUGAUGAUAUCUUACUAUGAUAUAAGAUCGGCAGAACGUGCCAUGAAAGCGCUUCAAAGCAAGCCAUUCAGGCAGUGGAAACUUGAGAUACAUUACUCCAUCCCAACGGAGAACCCUUUGGAGAAUGACAAUAACCAGGGCACACUUGCAGUGAUUAACCUAGACCAGUCUGUAACUAAUGAUGAUCUUCGUCAUAUAUUUGGUGGCUAUGGUGAAAUCAAGGCGAUUCACGGGACAUCACAAAAUGGCCAUCACAAAUACGUUGAGUUUUUUGAUACCAGAGCAGCAGAAGCUGCACUUUAUGCUUUGAACAUGAGAGAUAUUGCAGGAAAGAAAAUCAGAUUAGAGCGCUGCUGCCUGGGCGACGGUAAACGUUUGACGCGGCACAGGCCUCCUGAGUUGGAGCACGAAGAGUAUGGUGCAUGCAAGCUAGGAAAUGCAAACAGUCUGCCGUCAACUUACUACGGUUCUGUCAACAUGGCUUCCAUGACUUCCGCUGGUCCUGAACAUGGGAUCUCUCGGGUUCUGCGUCCCAGAGUUCAGCCACCAAUACACCAAUUCAGGGAGGGAGCUUUCCUGGAUGUUCCCUCAAAUACUAUGCAAAGUAUAUCCUCUCCUGUUAGAAUUGCAACUGCAGUAACGCAUAACAACCGGUCGACUGUCGGUGAGAAUGGUCAUUCACUUGGAAAGAUGGGUGGACAGAUUAAUGGACACUUGAAUUAUGGAUUUCAUGGGGUUGGAGCUUUCAAUCCACAUUCCCUUCCUGACUUUCGCAACGGCCAAAGUAAUGGUAUUUCUUGCAACUUAGGCACAAUAUCACCCAUUGGAGUUAAGAGCAACUCUAGAACUGCUGAAGGAAUGGAGAGCAGACAUCUUUACAAAGUUGGUUCUGCUAACCUUGGUGGUCAUUCUUCUGGUCAUACCGAAGCACCCGGGUUUUCAAGAACUGGAAGCUGCCCCCUUCAUGGCCACCAAGUAGCGUGGAAUAAUUCAAAUAACUCCCAUCACCAUACCUCCUCUCCCAUGCUAUGGACGAACUCAGGAUCAUUUAUCAAUAAUAUACCAUCUCGACCUCCCAUGCAAGCGCAUGGAAUUUCAAGAACAUCUCGCAUGCUUGAAAAUGUCCUUCCAGUGAAUCAUCAUGUUGGAUCUGCACCAGCUGUCAAUCCAUCAAUUUUGGAUAGGAGAACUGGUUAUGUAGGGGAGCUGAUGGAAGCGCCAAGUUUCCACCCUGGGAGUGCUGGAAGCAUGGGUUUCUCUGGUAGUCCGCAUCUGCAUCAGUUGGAGCUCACUAGCAUGUUUCCUCAGAGUGGAGGGAACCAAGCCAUGUCCCCUGCACACAUUGGUGCUCGAUCUCCUCAGCAGAGGGGGCAUAUGUUUAAUGGAAGGGGUCAUAUAGGUCCCCCUCCAUCUUCAUUUGAUUCACCAGGUGAACGUGCAAGGAGCCGAAGAAACGAGUCAUGUGCUAAUCAAUCGGAUAAUAAAAGGCAGUAUGAGCUAGACAUUGAGCGUAUAGUCUGCGGCGAGGAUUCCCGGACUACUUUAAUGAUAAAGAACAUCCCAAACAAGUACACCUCUAAGAUGCUUUUGACCGCUAUUGAUGAAAAUCACAAGGGAACUUAUGAUUUUAUCUAUCUUCCAAUUGACUUUUUUCAGAAUAAAUGCAACGUGGGCUACGCAUUCAUCAAUAUGAUAAGUCCUGAACAUAUUGUUCCAUUCUAUAAGAUAUUUCAUGGGAAAAGGUGGGAGAAAUUCAAUAGCGAGAAGGUAGCAUCACUUGCAUAUGCUAGAAUCCAAGGAAAAUCAUCUCUAAUUGCGCACUUCCAAAAUUCAAGUUUGAUGAAUGAGGAUAAACGCUGCCGCCCUAUACUUUUUCACUCAGAUGGUCCAAAUGCAGGGGAUCAAGAACCUUUUCCAAUGGGAACACACGUCCGUUCUAGGCCUGGGCGAUCCAGGGUUUUGAGCUGCGAAGAAAGUCACCGGGACACUCUGUCAUCUUCUGCCAACAAUUGGACUCCUUCCAACGGGGGCGGCCACGCUUCAGGCUACUCAAAGGAGGCUGACCCAACCACAGCUUGA